UCCUCCAUUAGCAAAUUUGACCUCGUCAAUUCGUUGAUUAUGAAUUUUAGAAUAAACGAUAGACGAUGAAGUUCAAUAUAAACUUCUUUAUAUAAAAGAAAACUUAGUUAUAGUGAGACGUUACAAUUCGGAAAAUAUGUACACUAUAUAACAGAUCGGAACAAAAAUAUUUGCUCAUAAAGUGGCUUAUCAAAAAUGUUUGUGCGCGUUUAGACACGUAUAUUCACAUUCAUAUUAAACGUUAGCUGUUCGUCUCGCACUUUCACAUCCGCGGGAGCGGAUAUCCAUCCCAGACAGGAUCACAAUGACAUCAAAUGGCAGCCGGGUAAAGUCACAGUGACGUCAGAAUGACGACUGACAAAACUUACUCUUCGAUCGUUUCCUCGUCAUUUCCCACGUCAUUCCGACGUUAUCGCUUUACCUGGGUAUCGGUCCAUUCGCACAGCAUCGAUCUACAUAUGUGCGGGACACCCUUUCCCUCGAACGCACCCUCACUCGCGCUAUUCGCGACCUGUGAUGAGAGCGCAGAGAAAGAGAGAGGGGGAAUGAGAGACUCUUUACUUGGGAGGCGUCCCUCACCGCCAGGUUCUAAGGCAAGGUAAAACGCGCUGAUGAGGCAAGGUAAGACGGGACAAGACAAGGCAAGACGAGACACAGCAAGGUAAGGUAAGGCACGGCACGGCACGGUAAGGGAGUCGCCCCUCUACUCGUGCCUACCGGGGUCCCAACGCCGUUCAAGAAUCAUCUUAUUAGACCCACACUAUAUAAAGGCAACGUGCCAGCAUGCCGAGCAGUUACGUACUGACUUGAUUCACAGUCGUGCGUCGUGCAGAGUGCAACACGUUGCGAGCGAUUAUCAUCACGCACAGCCUUGCGCGUCCUCCGGAGGAUCGUCUCGUUGUUGUUCCUGCUGAGCGAGUCAGCGCAGUUCUCAGCACGUCGACCUGCGUCAUUUAACAUUGCAGCAAAAUGUAUUAUUUGCAGUUGGCUGUGCUCUGUGUGACGAUGGUGAGUGUUAUCGGCGAUUUACCACCGGGUACCCAGCGCAACACGUAUCUGCCGCCCAAGCCGACGCCUGGCGGCUACAAAUACCCGGUACCGACAGUGACGUUCCCUACAGGUUCGACGCAGACGUUCCCUCCGCAUACGUACCCUACGCGUCCAACGAUCCCUCCACGUACCCCGACGUACCCGACGCAUCCGACCUUCCCAACGCAGGGCACUUAUCCCACCAGACCCACAACCAAGACGGACUACAAUGGCCAACCGAGCAUUAAUGGAAAUGUCAUCGGCCAUGACCAUCACCAUCACGAGCCCGGCAUGCCCUUCGAUUUCAAUUACGCCGUGAAGGAGGACGCCUUCGGCAACGAUUACUCACACAACGCCAUUAGCGACGGCGAUAUCGUCCGCGGUGAGUACAGGGUGCAGCUUCCGGACGGCAGGACGCAGGUAGUGCGCUACACCGCGGAUUGGCAGCACGGCUUCAGCGCCCAGGUCUCUUACGACGGGACACCACGCUUCGACGUCCCCCGGCCGGGCGGUAACUUUCGAGGCUAUUAGCUAUUAGCGUCGAGAGCCUAGGGUUGUUCACUUAUCGUCAUCGAGAAUCAAAAGUGCAGCACGCGACGAAUCGUCCCGUAUACCUGAAAUAGCGAUAUUUCACAUGAAAAAAGAAAACGAAGAAAAAGGAAGAAGAAGGGAGAAAUGAAAAAGAGAGAGAAUACGUCGGUAAGGACGACGCAUCAUGAGAAAAAAAAUGAUAUCUCACAACAGAAGAGGACAAACGCUCGUUAUAUCUUUUACGGCGAUAUCGGUAAUAUUGGUGUCACGCGACUUACACAUCAGUACGAUCCAAUCCAUAAAUCGCGACUUCUUCCCUUUCUUCUUGUGCUUACAAGUUUACGAGAUAAUAGAAAAAGGGAUGCAAUUAUGCGCGUUGUAUUUAAUCUACGCUACGUAAUUGUUGACAUUUUUAUUUCGUAUUAUCUCGAAGACAGAUUAGUUCGCGAAUCGUGCGGAAGAUUGGAUCGCACUGAUUUAUAUGUAUUAAACUCCCGCAAUGAAAUCGUGACACUAACGCACUGCUUUGUGAUACAAAUUACGCAGAACGAAAGAAAAGAAUAGACACGAAAUAGAUGUAUUUUCCUUUCCUGUCAGUACCAUCUUGCUUCGCUUUGAAUAUAGAAACCCCUUGUUUUAUCUUCAUUAUGUCGAAUUAAGACUUCUUAAUGAUAUUAGUAUAGAAAAGUAUCGCUUGUCAAUAUUAUACAGAUGAAAUAAUUCACGAUUAUGAGUGAACUAUGUAAUGAACUGUUAUAUUCGAUCACGCACGAUCACGUUUGCGUAAAACUUAAAAAUAGUAUUAAUGUCCUCUUUUUCCUGAAACUGCCAGAUUUACGCGAAUAGUAAUAUCUCUAUAACCAACCCUAGUUUCGACUGAUAAAUAUAAAUGAAUAUAUUAAGAAAAAAAUACUCGAUUAAUGUGUCAAAUGUUCAACUCAAUAAAAUCUGUAUACCAUACCAAAUUUACUUUGUUUAUUUAUUUAUUUCAAUGCUAACAGACAUCUGAUUUAUUCAAUAACAUGUAUUAAAACAACACAUAUUUGUGAA